AUGAACAGCCAGAUGAACAAACGCAAUGUGAACCAUCAUGUGACAUUCCAACGACAUUCUGGCGACACUUUAUUAAUAUUUUACUCCGUGCCACACCCGCUCGAUGAUACCCUCCAAGCCUUGGUUGUGGAGUCAAGCCACGCAGGAAAACCACAGGACCCGAAAGAGAUACACUUCAGUGCAGUGCAACACGUCGUCAUUACCGCUGGCUUCCAUGUGGUGAUACAGACUGAUGGUGCUGAAUGCCAGACGAGCAACAAACCUGUACAUGUAGAUCAGGCUGUUGUCAAAUGGACCGAGCCCAUACUUCUGUAUGUUGUCCCUAAUCUCAUCUUUCCUGCACGUAUUGAGAAGGACUCUAGGCCAUGCAAUGCAUCUUCUAAAGUCCGAGUCAGCGCAUAUGCCUCAUUUGAAUUGGGUCCCAUGCUCAGUCACAGAGAAGUCCUCUUGCACAUUCAAGAUCUCCGUCUGAAAUUGCUGGAUCGCAGUGGAAAAGUCAUAUCGUUAGCAACAUCUUUUGCGAGUAACAUCUGA